AUGGUGCAGACAAUUUCAAUUCUAAACCUGUCGUUGCCCCAUGUCCUCGCCAGUCAUGCCGCCGAUCGUCUCACCGUUCCCCUUGAAUUCCAGUCCGGGUCGAGUCAGCGAGAAUCCUCCGAGUCACCUUCCAGCAUCACCGGCCACAAUGCCCCCAAGUUCGGGACGCUGGUCCCCAACCGGGUCUUCAUCGGAGGCAUCCCCCCGAACACGACAGAGGUUGAAAUGGCACAGUUCUUCUCCAAGUUUGGCACUGUGAGGGCAACGAAAAUCAUCCUCGACCGAGCUGGUGUCUCCAAGGGUUACGGGUUCAUCACUUUUGAAAGCGAGGAGCAAGCGCAGAAUCUCAUAAGAGAGGGAGAUUGCAUCAUUUUCAAAGAGAGGAAACUCAACAUUGCUCAUGCCAUUCGGAAGCAGCAACCAUUUUCUCGAAUGCUGGAACCUCUGGCGGGAAUCCCAUCGGCACCAGGAGCCUUGAUAUGCCCAAACGGAAUCUCCUACACGUUCCAGAAUGGAGUUGCCAUGUUCUCAAAUCCCUCAGCAGAUGCAUAUGUUACUGGGGCCUCCAGGACAGGGACCACUCCUCCUGCAUACACCACUUCCCCCCCUCCUGCAACUGGGACGUCAGGGGAGACUUCUGUGAAUACCUCAGCCCAGGUUGCACCCGCUCCACCCCCUCCUGCCCCUGCCCCUUAUCAUCCAGCAGCUAUCAUUUAUGGUCAGCCACCUGGUCCAACUAUCUUCCUUCAGCAGCAAGGGCAGCCAUAUGCUUACCCACAUGGUGCAAUGCAUCCUCCACCUGCCUGGGGUACCAGUGCACAAUGGCGAUGGGCUCAGAAUCCCUAUGCGCAGUACAUGUGGUCAGGAGGAGGAAUGGUUGGAGGCACAGGAGAAUACAUGUCAACCACACCUGUGGCCAGUGAAACCAGCGAUAAUCCAGGUACUCCCAACUCUCGCAGCUGUUGCUCAACCCCUGCUCCAAGUUGUGGCGGAGGAGGUGGAAAUGAUGGAACUGCCUCUGGCAUCUCUGAUUCUCCCACAAGUGGCAAGAGUAAAGCCAACUGCAACACUGAACACCCAGCAGGAAAGGGGAGGCAGGAGAAAGAUGCCAACAACAACAGGCAGAGGACCUAUCUUAUCCAACGAUCAGGAGAUGCAUGCGAUCCUGUCAAGUGCAAGGAGAUUCCCGUGGUGUCUGUUUCGGACAUCCUGGCUCAAGAGCGAGAUACUCCCACGCCGCACGAAGCAGAUGCUGAAGACCAAACAUAUGCCCCUUCUGCCCCACCACCUUGCACCUACACAUGGUAUAUGUCAGGGAAUCCCUAUGGAAGUCCGAUGGGUCCUCCUCAGCCCUGGUCUCAAUGCCCGCCACCUCCAGCCAUGUAUUACUCACAACACCCACGUGGGGAAUCCUACGAGAUCCGAGGCAAGGGUUAUCGCAAUGGCAAGAGCCGAUUUGCUUCCAGACGUUUCCCUCCACCUUCCAUGCGCCCGUGGCUGCUCCCGCAGUACAACCGAGGUCCGCCCGUUCAGGAUUCAUCCAUGGACUCGUAUGAAGUCCCCCCUCGUCACCGGGGGUAUGAAGGGUGGCGAGGGAACGGCCCAAAUGGUUGUUCCGAUCAUGUCCGGGGCGGUGGGGAAGGGGACAGCCUACUCAUGACACCUCCUCCCACCCCACUCAAGGUAGUCACCUCCAAAGUGAAAGAACUCGAGAUCUGAUUCAGUGUGUAUCCACUCCUGCCGACACUCGUACUUCUACCAACCACAUACCUCCUGCCAUCCUCAAGUCUGACAGAGAACUACAACCUUUGUUCCGUCCGUGCCUCGAGUAAUCUGUUGCCCUCCCUCCAUCCCUCUCUCCCCUCCUUGAUCAUUUGACAGACUCAUAUCCAUUGUUCCCAUCAUCCUAGGAUUAUUAUUAUUAUUAACUAUAAUUAUUAUGAAUGUUAUAUAUUUAAAAUCCUUUCUUUAUUCCCUAUCUUCUGAUGCGUGAUAGCAGCAAAGUGCACUUGGUGAUUUGAGAAUACCCCACAAACACACACACAGGGAAACCUAAACUUAGGAACAUUUACUUGGGAACUGCUGGUCUGACCCGAUUCAGGGUCACGUGUGCAAUACGUGUGCAAGAGGACCCGGUGUCGUGUUUGUGGACAAAGUUGUGAAACAUACAAGAUUCUAUUACUUGAUUAUGGAAGCGUGAGGAAUAAUUUUUGUCUUCCAAGGUGACCGAUCGACUUGCCGGAAGUACAAAGAUGCAGGAGACUGACUGAUGGAGAGAAAUCCCCCUCUCUCUCUCUCUCUCUCUUGUCUGUCACCUUAAGCAUAAUUGGAGGUUCUUCCCAUUCUUUUUGUCUUCUUUUUGUACAUAUCAGUUGCCUUGUUGAUUCAUUCCAGUGGUGUAUGUCAUGUUCUACAUCCAUUGUUACAUGUUGGUGAGAGAGAGAGUGUGUGUGGUGUCAAAGAGGAUGAACUUUUUUUUUGCUGUGAUCACCCGUUCCCUUUCCGUCUGCCUUUGGUUUCUUAUGUUCUCUGUGAUGGAAGUCUGUCAUCGUCUCAUUGUUCCCAGAGACUGUUACCACUUGUGCCAAGGGACAUUGUCAUGCACCAGGACAUACGUCUUUCCGACAGGGACUCCCUUCUAUCGUCCGGCCUUGAGUUACCAUAGUUGAAAAAGCAAAUCCCCUUAUUCGCACAAAAAGUGUCUGAGAGAGAUAGAUAGAGAGAGAGAGAUAGAAUAAGAACUAAUAUAUUUAUUCAUACUUCAAAGGAACAUGCUAUGCAUUUAACUGUGAAGUUUCGCUCUCCCAGUUUUUAUGUACUUUUAUACAGCUUUCUGCUUUCCUUUCCAGAAUCUAUUGGAAGGUACUCUAGCCAUGACUUUUGUUGUUCUGGUGAGAAACCAAGAAUAUUUAGCAUCUUUAGGGGUAGAAGGUUGUUGGAAGCACUCGUCAAGUGUCUGUCGUACCUGAGAGGCCACCUUCCCCCUUAUUUAUGGAUAUUCCUUGGCCACUUUUUUUUGUUGAUGGGAAAAAACAGGGUCCAUGGUGAUUGAGUUGAAUGUGUACGCCCUAAAAUCUUCUCGUCUACGAGGUGGCCUCGAAUAUUGUUGAGUUUUCCCUUGCUCUUUGACACUGAUGCCUUUUUACAGAGGGAUCCAACCGGGAAAUACCAGCUUUCGUCAAACUCGACCGAUUUUGUCUAGCUCCAUUCGUGUCAUUUUUAUACCAGGAUUGGCUGUUGAAAUGCACCGUGAAUCGGACUUUUUAGUUUGGGAAAAAUCAGUUACCCAAUGUGAGCUCCUCUCUGAUUCUGUUGUGAAUUUGAUUUUGGAGAAAGAAAAAACUGAAAUCUGAGUCUGGAUCUGACUUGAUCUUUGCCUCGAUGGGCCCAGUAUCACAACUGGUCUUUAUGUUGCCCUUGUUCUUCCCUUCUGUACAGAGAAUAUACCAGAAAUUCCAUGUUGGGUGUGCUUGUCUAUGAGGAGAGAAGAAUCCUUUGAAAAUGGAAAAAAAAAGAAUAAAUUAUUGAAGCAGU